AUGAGUGGUCGCAAUGUUCGUGGCAAACGAAUAGGGAAGAUAAGCAACGAUUAUAGAAGCAAUAUGUCGGAAGUUCGUAAAAAUACAAGUUCCAUUAUACAGACCGAACGACGGCAAUACUAUGCUCAGUACACAAAGGCAUUAGCUACACCUUCAGUUGAUUAUCCGGAUUUCAGUACUGAUGGCUCACCGUCAACAAUACCAGAGGAAUUUGAUAUGCAUUUUUUUAAGGAAUCACUAGAUGGCGAACUCGAAAACAAUCAAGAGGAGGAACCAGUCACUAACGGUGCUAAAAAAAAUAAUGAGGUGCUUGAAUCGGAAAAUACUUAUCUCGGUGAGGAGAUUAAUCAAAAACUGAAGGCUGUACAAUUUGACAAUUUUGUUGUAAAUAAUGUAAGAGUGGACAGAGAAAUGAAUAAUCCUGUUUCAGGUUCAGAUGGCGAACUCGAACAGAAUAUGGAGACUACAAAAGUAACUGACUCCGCUGAUAAUUAUUCUGAAAUUAAAAAUACUAUUCCAGGCGAGGAGCUUGAACAAAAUAUAGACACAGUAGAAGAUUCCGUACAAAAUGAAAACGACAUAAAUUUUAUUAACAUUGAAGAAUGUGUGACCAACAAUCCUAUUGACAGAGAAUUAUCUCGACAGCGUGAUUUUGUUAGCAAGUGUAUAAAAGAAGUGAAACAAAAGUACUCACUACACAGUGAGAAUAGCAAACGAUCGCUUAAUUUGGCAUAUCACUUCAUCGUGGAUUCUGAAACAACCAGAGUUUGCAAACGAUUUUUCCAAGCGACUUUAGAUAUUGGACAUUCUUUUAUUACUACAAUAAAAAAGAAAAGCACGUCCACUGGUACUGUUUUAGAAGAUAUGCGAGGAAAAUGUAGUAAAGGAAACAGUUUACCAGAUACAAUUAAGAAUGGAGUACGUGAACAUAUCAAUACAUAUCCCAGAAAGGAGUCCCACUACUGUCGAUCAAGUACAAGAAGGGAAUAUUUAGAUGGUGAUUUAAAUUUGUCGUUAAUGUAUCGACAGUAUAAAGAAUGGUGUGUUGCGAAUGAAAAACCUUUAGCAAAGAAGGGAACGUAUGAACAUAUUUUCAUAACAGAAUUUAAUAUAUCAUUUUAUAGACCCAAAAAAGAUCAGCGUUCUUUAUGUUGCUCUUAUAAUAACAUGACAUCUGAAGAUAAAUUAGAGCUGGAGUCUGCCUAUCAAACUCAUCUUCAAGCAAAGGAAAUGUGUAGGGGUGAAAAAAAGGUGGAUAUAGAGUUAUGUCAAAUGGACGAAAGCAAAGUCAUUUGUUGCUUUGACAUGCAGGCAGUUUUGCAAACCCCAGCAGGCAACGAUUCUCUUUUCUUUUAUAAACGGCGACUCAAUGUAUACAAUUGCACUGUUUACGACAUAACGAAAAAGACAGCACACUGCUAUUUGUGGGACGAAACGUUGGGUGGAAAAGGUUGUGACGAAGUUGGAACUUGGAAAACAUGUACUAUUUUACACAGAUAAUUGUUCUGCGCAGAACAAAAACAAAUAUUUAUUGGCUCUAUACCAUUAUGCAAUGAAAGUAUUUCAAAUACAGUCUAUUACUCACAAAUAUUUUAUAGUAGGUCAUACACAGACUUUAACCAACAAAUUCAGGACGCGACCACCAAUUUCUGAUUUAAAAAAGAAGGAUCUUAUUUCACUUUGCCAAUCAAAAGUCAUACCUAGGGUAUAUUGGGAUUAUUAUGAAAACCUGCCGGCUUCGUCAGAGCUUAACGUCGAAGUUGAUAAUGGUGAAGAGGAAUAA